GUUAGUGGUUUAGGAUCUUUUUUUUUGUUUCUAGUGUUUGUUUUGAAAAAUUCAUUAGUAUAUGUUAAAAAUAAGAAAGACGUUAUCUUAUGGACAACAAAAUAAACACGUUUGUCACUGGCCAUUACCUUUUGUUGAAGUGAAACAUUACAAGGAAGUAACUGCGCAAGACAGAUGUAAACAGCGUGGAAGCGCAGUGAUAUUGGCCCUGAGGUCCCAUGGGUGUCCAGGGUCUGACCACCUAUGUGGAGGGGAACAAAUACUUCUUCCAAGAUGUGAAGUUCAGGGACAGUCGCCUGGUGAUUGAUGGCUGCAGUCUGUAUUACCGCCUCUACUUUAACAGCGGGUUGGAACAGCAGCAUGGCGGAGACUAUUCUGAAUUCGCUUGCCUGCUCACCCAGUUCUUCUCUGCUCUGGCAACCUGUAACAUCCAGCCAUAUGUGGUUCUGGAUGGAGGGAUUGACCCCAGUGACAAGAAGUUUUCCACUCUGCGGCAGCGCUUGCAGUCCAAGAUAAAGGAGGCAGGCAAUCUCUCUCAUGGUCGCAAUGGCUCGGUUCUCCCUAUCCUCACAAGAAAUGUCUUCAUUCAGGUCCUUCUUGAGCAAGGAGUCCCCCUGGCCCAGUGUUCAGCUGAGGCUGACUGGGAGAUUGCAUGUUUGGCACACCAGUGGAACUGCCCAGUGCUGACCAAUGACAGUGACUUUUAUAUCUUUGACCUUCCAGGUGGUUACCUCCCAUUGCGUUUUUUCCAUUGGACCAACCUAAAUGGUAAAGCCUCUCACCGCUACAUCUCAGCUCGGUGCUACACCACAAACAGUCUGUGUCGCUUGUUUGGGGGCAUGAACCAUGAGUUGCUACCCUUAUGUGCUGUGCUGACUGGUAAUGACUAUGGUGUUCCAAAGGAGGCUGAAACACUCCUUGCUCUGGUAGAUUUUAGUGCAGUGGGGGGAGGUGGUGGCAGGAGAAAAGGUGGAGCGCCCAUGUCGCGUGUCGAGGGAAUCCUCCUUUGGCUGUCGACUUUUUCAAGUGUGGCAAUGGCACUAGACGAAGUGAGCAAACUAAUGGGGGAGGACAGUGGUAGGGGCAAGAGAGGACAGAAGGGUGGGCUCAGUUCCCAGCUGUGGGCAGGCAUGCAGGAGUACCACAUCAAGGGUCGAAGCUCACUGGCUCGCUGGUUCUCCGGAGUUAAGGCAGUUCCAGGAGGGCAGACCUCUAGGCUCGCACAGCUGCCAGAGUGCUUGUCACUGGCUGCAAUGCAGGGACUGUUGCAUCCCUCGGUGGUCGAUGCUUUUGUGAUGCAAAGGGUCCUUCUGUCGCCACAGGUGGAGAACAGUAAGCUAGCCAGCAGCCACUGUAGUUCUAGAGCCAUACGACAGGCGUUGUAUGGGAUUUUACUGCAGAGACCCCAAGACAACAUAACUCAAGGAAGAGGUGGAGGAGCACAGGUAGUGAAGGGACUGCAAGAUGAAGUUCAAACGCAGGGUAUGAGGGUGCAAGAAAACGUCAGACAGGGAAUGAGAGGUGGAAGAGGGCGAGGAGGAAGGGGGAGUGGAGGCAGGGGUCAGGGCCACAUUGUACCUGCACAGCAGGGUGUAAAUGUAGCAUUUAGCACAGAACAAGCAGCUGGUGCAGCUACAGUGCAGGCUCAGAGCAGCAGCAGCAGCACUCCCAUUUAUGUGGAAGAGUAUGAUCGUGUGGACCUGAACUUGAAGAAAAUCCAAAUAGAGGCACAUCCCCCCAGAAACCAUCUACAUCUGGAUGGACUUGGUCAGGCUCCUGUGGCAGUGCGACUAAAUGUCCUGUUUGAAGUCUUGGGGGUGAAGGACUCUGCCCUGGCUCCUGUUCCUCUCCACCUGCAGCUGGCUGUAGCGGUGACAGGAUUCUGGCUGCGGGAGGCCGUACCAACACCCUCACAGCUCCAGCUGCAGGCUUUGGUGCUCAGCAUAGUUUAUGGAGAGCUGUUCUUGAAACAUCAGCCUGGAGCUACUCAGCACCAGCACCAUGUUCCACAAAUAAACUGGGCUGCAGAGCGCAAGGUGUUGGAGGGGCUGAAUCGGCAACGUGUGAGACCAGGGGAGAGACAGGGCGUGAAUCUCGGAGCUGCUCACAGUUUCAGCCAAUGGCAGGCCUGCCUCUGGAGUGCACUGUGUCUCAAUCAGCUAUUGCUGCUUCCGCUGCCUGAGCCCAACCUGUCAUGGUUGUUCAGUGGUACUUUGGUUCACGGCCUCGUCAGGAGUCUGAAAGGGGGCCGAGCUGCAGAGUCCCUGCUGUCUGGGGGAUCCUUUGCUGUGCAGCUCUACUCCUCCCUGCUGGAUGCUGUUAGGAAGUGCAGCACUAAAGCCAAUCCCUCGUCUGCAGCGUCAGGGAGGAAGAGAGGCAGAGGCCGAGGCCGAGGAAGGAGAGGAAGAGGGGGAGGUGGAAGAGGAGCUCAGGCUGGGGGGAGAGACGACGAGAUGAACAACAGGUUUUCUCUCCUUAUGAGCGAGGAAGAGUACGAUGAUGACGACUGAUGGGAAGGGAGGAGAAAAAUGAACAGAUCAACAUGAAACACUUGCUAGGGGCCAAAUGAGGGAGGGCAUAUCAGCGGUUUAUAAAACACGCUCAGGAAUUGCUACAAGUAGUCAUUUUUAAGUGAAGAAUUACAACUUAUGAUGUUUACCACUGUGUAUUGCAGUAUUUUAACCUACAUAAGCGAAAACGAUAUUCCGUUCCAGUUUUUGUUGCCACCUUAAAGCAUGUGAUGUCGACACUAGAUCAGUCUUCUCAAAGCAAACUCUAACCAUAUUUUUACAGAUUUAUAACCGCUUGUAUCAAAUUACUCACACUGUUAUCGAUGCAACCAUCUUCAGCUUCAGUUUUAUCAAAUAUGUCAGAAAAAUAUUUAAAAACAAUGAAUGUAGAGAUCAUGUCUGUGGACCACAAAGUUGUAUGGCAGCUACUGUCAACUUAAGCAAUUUCUGAAAUCUUAUGCCUUUUUUUACUGCAGAUGCCUUAAUAUACACAAAUGUACUGUUUGCUCUUCUUUCCAUAUGUAAAAAAAAUGCAAAUCAAA